AGCCCCCGGGACACAGACCGCGCGCCCAUUAACCCCCCAGCCCGGGUUGCACGGGGCGCUCGCGGGCGCGAUUGCUAUUGCCGGGUUGCCCAGCAACUCCCGCGCUUCGGCCUUCCGGGCAAGCCGGGGCCCGAUCCUGCGUCCCGCCGCGGGGCAGCCUCGGAGCCGCCGGGCCCCACCCGCUGCCUCUUCAGGCCGCGCAGGCGCAGCCCCGCCUUUCCCCAACCCGGAAGUGCUCCUCGCCGCCCCCCGCCCCCUCCGGUUUGGUUCGUCCCACAGGCCCCCGCGCCUUCCUUUCCGACCUGUGCCCGGGCAGGAUGGCUCCAGCAAAGAAAGGUGGAGAAAAGAAGAAGGGGAGAUCUGCCAUCAAUGAGGUGGUGACUAGGGAAUAUACCAUCAACAUUCACAAACGGAUCCAUGGAGUGGGAUUCAAGAAACGCGCCCCCCGUGCUCUCAAGGAAAUCCGUAAAUUUGCAAUGAAGGAGAUGGGUACUCCUGAUGUACGUAUUGACACCAGAUUGAACAAAGCAGUCUGGGCCAAAGGGAUAAGGAAUGUUCCCUACCGCAUCCGUGUACGUUUAUCCAGAAAACGCAAUGAGGAUGAAGAUUCACCCAACAAACUAUACACGUUGGUUACCUAUGUACCAGUCACCACUUUCAAAAGUCUACAGACAGUUAAUGUAGAUGAAAACUAAACUGAUUUUCAGUAUAAUAAAGUUAUAAAAAUGACACUUA